AAAUAGCCGACGCCGAGGUGACUUCACCCCCAGAAAAGAUGGCUCCAGCUCUGGCUUUGCUGCUUCUCGGCCUUUCAGCUUUAUGCACUACUGUUACAUCUGUAAAGGUGUGUGGCCGGCCUCCUGUCCCUGAUGGAGUCGAUGUUUCGUCUUUAAAACGUGUGUUUGAGGUCGGAGAAGAGCUGUCUCUCUCAUGCGAUCAGGGGUUCUUGUCUUCAGCAGCCUCAUCGUCCAGAAUAAGCUGCACAGCUGCGGGAGAGUGGACUGAGUCAAACCUGGCAUGUUCCCCCAAGAUGUGCCAAAUUCCUCGACCUCUGCAGCCAUUUGCAAUGGGCAGGACAGAGGCUCCGUAUAGAAGUAUCUUAAACUUCACAUGUGAUGAUGGGUAUGUUCUUCUAGGAGCCAAUGAAAGCAGGUGUUUGCAUGAUGGCUCCUGGAGUCACCCACCUCCUCUAUGCAAAGCUGUGAACUGUCCUCUCCCCAAGCCCCCAAGAGAGGGAAGAAUUGUCCACGAUAAAGCAGUUGCAGGAACUACAACUCAUUAUGGACAAGGCUGGACAUAUGAGUGCAAUCCACCUAAAGCACCAAGUGUUGAGAGAGGGUCCUGCAUGGCUGAUGGAACCGCAACUGAACCACCGGUGUGUCGAGAGGUGAGCUGCUCUAUCCCAACGAACAUACCGAAUGGCGUCAUCACAUUUGCUGUGAUGAGACAACAUGGAUACAAGGAGAAGGUUAAAUAUGCCUGCAAUGAGCACUACACUCUGGAAGGUGACGCCGAGAUCCAAUGCCAAAACACAGGAAACUGGUCAUCAAAGCCCAUCUGCAGGGCUCCCUGCACAGUUGGUAUCAAACGAGGCCGCAUCUUCUACAAUGCCAAGAAGAUCUGGAUUGAGGACCUGAAACCAAACAGAGUGCUUCAUAAAGAGCCUGUUGUCUUCUACUGUAAGAAUAAAGCUGAGAAGUGUGGUUACCCUGUGGCCAGCACCUGCAACGAUGGAAACCUGCCCCUCCCAGAAUGUUUUGAGGAACCAGGCAAACUGGAGUACAACUUAAAAGCUAAAACCCUUCCAUCGGAGAUCAGAAUGUGUGCUGCACCACCGACUGCAAGGCCGACAAGCUCUGCAAGCCCUUCGUGAUCAACCCACUGAAUAAAUAAGUGGAUCUUGUGCUGAAACAGAGGUCUCCUUUGUUGCUAUUCCUGUCAUAUUCAACUAGCAAUACAAUUACCAGAAAAAGUAUUUUGCAUUACAUAUUUUAAUUAAAAAGUAAACAUAACAUGAUAGAAUAAUAUAAGAAAAUUUGUAAUUAUAAUGAUUUUUUUAUGAAAAUAUCCUACAAUUUAUAUUUAAUUUAAUGUGAAAAAAGUUAUCUGUUGAUUAAAAUUUACUUUGUUGCUUUAUUUCCUUCUUCACAACAUUGCAAGAUAUGCUAAAUUGGACCUUUACUGGCUUUUAGUAUAUUAUUUAGUGUAUUGAUAAAUAUCUAUGGUGUUAUUCUUUCUUAAAAAAUAUAAAUUAAAAAGGCGGAGUGGUGGUGAAGAGGCCAGAGGAGGUGAGCUCGUGAUUGGAAGGUUGCUGGUUCAAACCCCAGGACCAAUGUUUGUUUACAAUUGAUUCAUAUUUGGAGUUAACCUGAUUCAAAAUGGCUGCCACAGCUGAAUAUCCUUGGACAACACAAAAUGCUGCGACUCAUAUUGAUAGGUAUUUGUCUCAAAGUUGGUGUGGUAGUAGCUGAAAGCCAUCCCUAACACACACUUCAAGUGCUAACAGAUUGUGUGAAGUAUUUUUUUUUUUUUUUUUACUUUGGCAUUGAAAUUCAACUGUGUUAAUCUGUUAGCAAAAUAUUUCUUGAACCAAUGGACAAAUUUUAAUAAA